GAUCGAGUCACACUCCAUAUUCCUUAUGUUGAUGGACUACUAGUAGUACUAGCUAACCAAUCCGCUCGCUCAUCAGUUAGAAGCUAGCUAGCAGCUAAUCAGCCGGGAAAGCUCUCAUGGCGUGGCUCGCCGUUGCAGACUGACUAGGACGACAUCCCAAGAUGGACGGACGACGUUAACGUUAUUCUUGAUCUCGGCUAUUUUUACGUAUCCAUGGAUGCCGCAAGCAAGAAAGCCUACGUCAUCGCCAUCACGGUGCAGGUGAUCUUGACGGGGAUGGCGGUGAUAUCCAAGGCGGCUUUCAACGCCGGGAUGAGCACCUUCGUCUUCGUCUUCUACCGGCAGGCGGCCGGCUCCAUCCUCAUGCUGCCUCUUGCCCUCUUUCUCCAAAGGAAGAAUGCGUGGUCGAUGCCGUUUCCGUGGUUGCUCAAGCUCUUCUUGUGUGCCUUAGUCGGGAACACGCUGAGCUUGAGCCUGUACCAUGUAAGCCUCAAGUUCACAUCGGCGACAGUGGCUGCAGCAGCAGGCAACUCGAUGCCCGUCGUCACCUUCUGCUUGGCGCUGCUACUAAGGAUGGAGGUGGUGAAGUUGAAUGCCUCCGGCAUAGCCAAGCUCGCUGGUGUGGCGCUCUGCCUCGCCGGUGUCUUCGCCAUCGCCUUCUACUCCGGGCCUGCACUUAGCCCUGUCAACCAUCAGCGCGCCUUCCACACCCACGCUUCCGUCUCCGGGCACGCAAACGCCUCUUCCAAGACGACAUGGAUCGAAGGGACGUUCCUCAUGGUCCUCGCCAACAUGGCAUGGUCCGUAUCCAUCGUCUGGCAGGCUGCUCUGCUCAAGGAGUUGCCGAACAAGAUGCUGGUGGCCACUGGGCUCUGCGUUUUCAGUGCUGUGCAAUCCUUCAUCGUUGCAGUGGCAGCCGAGAGGGACUUCUCCAGGUGGCAGCUCCGGCUGGACGUCAGCUUGCUCGCCGUCGUCUACGCUGGUUUUGUGGUGGCUGGAGUGUCCUACUACCUUCAAGCAUGGUGCCUGGAGAUGAAAGGCCCAGUCUUCUUCGCCGUCUGGACCCCGCUAUGCUUCGUCCUCACAAUCUUCUGCUCUUCCUUCUUCCUGGGAGAGAUUGUUCCCCUUGGCAGUGUUGUGGGUGGAAUCCUGCUAGUUGGAGGCCUCUACAGCUUGCUGUGGGGUAAGCACAAGGAGACUCCGGCUGUGUCCCGCGGUCAGGUGAAUAUGAGAGAUUGUGCGCAAGAUGAGGAGGAGCACAAUGAACCAAACAAGUAUGAGCUAGAGGAAGCAACAUCAGCAUCUGCAGGUGAACAGGAAGUCUGAUGGAUCACUGAAGCAAGCAUGUGGGUCAAAACCACUUAAAGAGCGAUUCCCAAGUUUGUAUAAUAUUACUUACUAUCCUCGCACGACUGUGGCUAACGUUAUGAAUCAAAUGUCACUGAAUAUUUCCUUUCAAAGGGUGUUAAUUGGGGAUAAAUUGGUGGCUUGGAAUAACAUGGUGGCUAAAGUAGCUGACUACUAGCUAACUACUGAGAGAGACAGGUUCCAUUGGGAGCUACAUAAUAACAGCAUGUUUUCGGGUUCGGUCUAUGUACCAAUAUAUGAUGAACCAGGGUACCCCUUUCACCCAAAAUUUUAUUUGGAAAUUUAAAAUUCCUCUAAAAAUAAAGAUUUUCCUUUGGUUCAUCCAGCGGGUAGUAACAAAGGAUAAUCUAGUCAAGAGAAAUUGGAAGGGUAGUAAAAAAUGUUGCUUUCCUGAUAGUAACGAGACAAUCAAGCAUCUGUGUUUUGAUUGUCAUCAUGCAAAAGCUACUUGGAGGAUUGUUUAUAUUGCUACCGGGUUGACUCCACCUAGGUCUAUAAAUCAUAUGCUAUGGAAUUGGUUAACGGGCAUAGAUAAUAAGAUAACAUGUUUGAUCUUUGUGGGGGUUGCUGCUCUUAUGUGGGCGAUUCGGUGUACUCGAAAUGGUAUAAUUUUUGAGGAAAAAAAGUUCACCUCUUUUAUGCAGC